UUUGCUUUGCUUGAAUUGCUUGGCUUCUCCGAAAAAGGACAAUAAAUCCGCGUUUUCCCGCUUAAGUAUUAUAUUUUAGCAUGGCGGACGAAUAUGCUGCAGUAAAAAGAGGAAAACUUAUUUUAAAAGGCGACAAACCAAAAGCCAAGAAGCGUAAACACAAGAAGAAUAAAGACAAAUCAGACAGUUCUAAAGUAGACGAAGAUUCUAUUAAGCACGGGGGAUGGUGGAAAGUGGAGAAAAUCGAAGAUGUAGUUGGUUCUAUAUCAAUUGAGUUUGGAAAUAAUGCUUACAUUUCGGCACUUGAUAACGGCUUGUUUACUGUUGGAGCGCCUCACGGGGAUGGCGAAGGGCCGGCUCCAGAAGAGAUAUUCACAGCUUUUCCAGCCGGAGAGACAAAGUUUGCUCUGAAGUCUGGAUAUGGGAAAUAUCUUGGAGUGUCGAAGGAGGGAGUGGUCAUUGGUAGGUCUGACGCUGUGGGACCGAUGGAGCAAUGGGAGCCAGUGUGGCAAGAAAGCAAAACAGCAAUCCUCAGCGCCCUAAACAAAUUCAUGUGCGUAAGCCCGGAGGAUGAUUCCGUUGUGGCUUGGAAUGCAGCUGCAGGGGAGACGGAGUUCUGCAGCAUACGCAGCAAUAAGGCCAAGGAGGUGAACACCGUGGUGCUGCCUGAUGAGGAACAGGGGAACCUCAAUGAGGUUGAGGUUAACUAUGUGAGAAAAUUCCAGAAAUUCCAAGAUAAAAAACUCAAACUGAAUGAUGGGUCAGUUUCCGAGCUGAAAAGAGCUAAAGCUGAGGGCACAUUACACGAGACACUGCUAGACAGACGAAGCAAAAUGAAAGCAGACAGAUAUUGUAAAUGAAACUGUUAAUAUAGGUAUUUAAGGAUGA